AAAUAAAAUGGAUACAUUUGUGAUAUUUGAAAUUGAAUAGAGUAUAUAAUUUCUCAAUCCGUUUGAUUGUUUCGUUUUCUUAUUUAAAUUAAUUUAAUUUAACUAAAAUGUCGGUUGAUCCGUUGUUCAAUUUUCGAGUUUAUAGAUCAACAAUUUUAUUUAAUUAAAAAAUUUUACCAAAAUGAGUCAGCCGGCUUCCCCGUCUUCAAAUAAAAAAAAUCUAGUAUGCCGUGUACUGAUGCUAGAUGACUCUGAGGAACUCCUCUAUGUACCUAUGAAGAGUCAUGGGAGUGUGCUGUUCAAUAUGGUGAUCUCAAAGUUAAAACUACUGGAGGCAGACUACUUUGAUCUUCAGUAUAAAAAUGUUGAAGGAAUCCAAUGCUGGCUAGACCACGAGAAGCUGAUAACCAAUCAGCUGCCACAGAACCACCUGAAUUUUGAAUUUGUGGUCAAGUUUUAUACACCAGACCCAGGAAUGCUGGAAGAGGAACAUACCAGGUAUUUAUUCGCACUGCAAGUAAAGAGAGAUCUACUCAGUGGCAGAAUGCAGUGCCAGGAGCAGACUACAGCCCUCUUACUGUCCUACAUAGUUCAAGCUGAUUACGGCGACCUGACGGAUGAAGACCUGGAGAUGAACCCUGACUACUUGAGGUCGGUCAAGUUGUUUGAGAACAUGUCCCCGUCACUCGAAAGCAAGAUCAUACAAAACCAUCGAGCCCAUUUUGGUCAGUCACCAAUGGACGCGGAUUACAAUUUGCUGGACACUGCUCGAAAGGUGGAAUUUUACGGAAUAAACAUUACACAAUGCAAAGACCAUGAAUCAGUGCCCUUACACCUGGCGGUCAUCCACAUGGGCAUUGUGGUCUUCCAGAAUGCAACCCGCAUUAACACUUUUUCGUGGGCUAAGAUCCGAAAACUCAGUUUCAAAAGGAAAAAGUUUCUCAUCAAGUUGCACCCCGAAGGAUUUGGUUUCUACAAAGACACAGUUGAGUUUUACUUCAACUCUCGAAACGAGUGUAAGAAUUUCUGGAAGAAGUGUCUGGAGCACCAUGCAUUCUUCAGGUGUCAGUCAGUUAAGAAGAUUCCAAGAAACAAGACUAGAGUUGUCAGCCAUGGCAGUUCGUUCAGAUACAGUGGUCGCACUCAGAAGCAGUUAGUUGAUUACGUGAGAGAGAACUUCGUAAAAAGGCCCAACUUUCAAAGGUCUGUGUAG